CCCGCUAUCCGUUCAAUCCAGGCAAAGGAUAUCUUGAAACAACCCGCCAGUAACACUGUUAUGAAGCAUAAAGCUAUAAUGGUGGAGGUCAUACCGACUAUUGAUCUAGCACUUGAAAACGAAAAACAAGUGCACUUCCCCACUACCGAAGCAGAACGCAACCUCUACAGAACGAGUGAUGGAAAGAAACUAACUGCUCACCAAUGGGCAGUAUAUGACCUAACCCGGCAAAUUCCAUGUGGGAAGGUAACGACGUAUAAACAUCUCUGUGCAAAACUCGGUGAAGGAUCCCCGCGAUCUGUUGGAUCAGCAUUACGCAAGAACCCGUUUGCACCUUUUGUACCUUGUCAUCGUAUCAUUGCAUCGGACCUGUCGCUUGGAGGCUUUGUCGGCGAAUGGGGGACAGAAAAUAGAAAAGGCAGCCAGUGUUCGAGGAAGAUACAGAUGCUCGCUCAGGAGGGUGUACAGUUCACAACAGCUGGGAAACUAAAAGACGAACGGCAGGUCGUGUGGAACUGAACUGAUGCCUGUACUAUGUGUCGGUUGAGUAUGGCGAUUGUUCAUGCCCUAACAUUCUGAUCCCUGUGUUCCCUGUGUGUCCUUGUUUUACUGUCCAAUUGCAGCGUCACGCUACUAAUAGUAUUUUGCUCCCUUGGCUUAUACCGUUCUUACUAAACGGAGACAUUUU